AACGAACUGCGCUAAAUCUGUACUCAAGCCGCCCUCAUGGCUUUUUAGUCAGUGACAGAAAACUUGAACCUUUUUUUCUUUCCCAUCGCUCCUCAGGCUGGUUCUAGCCCCAUUCCUCACAGGUUCGAUUGAUAGACAUGGGUAUUCCCUCAGAUCAGAAGGAUGUUUGGGCAAGCAAGAGAUCUCCUUUCAUGGCGGCAGCUUCUCCCAACGAGCCCAGGGGUAUCGAUAGCAAGGCAUCUCCAGCUCAAGAAGCAGUUCAGAAAGGAUUCAAAAUGGCCCUCUUAGCAGGCUCUGUAGCUGCAGUUCCCACGUUGGUGGGUUGUCGAGUCGUUCCUUGGGCUAAAGCAAAUCUGAAUUAUACUGCACAAGCUCUUAUCAUAUCUGCAGCUGCUAUUUCUGCUUUCUUCAUCACUGCCGAUAAAACCAUCCUGAAAACGGCGAGGGGAAACACGAUAGGGAAGUAUGACAAGACUUCUUGACAUGAAGCAGCAGCUCCAUAUUGACAAUGGCGAGGUUCUUUGACAGCACGAAUCUUGAUGUUUGAAGGUUUCAGUCAUGGCGAUUUUGUUUUUCUUUCUUCUCUUUAUUUUCAGAACUGCAUAGAAGUUUAGCCUUUCUGCUAACCAAAUAGCGCUUUUUAUGGAAGGUUUGAUGUGAAUAAAUCUGUUAAUCUUUUUCAUGACUAUUUGGUAAAUUGAAAUAAAAAUUGAAGCUUUUUUUUUUUGGCU